AUGAAUUAAACAUUUACAGCAGAAAUUAAAUUAAAGAGUUCAAAAGAAAGAGGUUAUUUUGAUCAAUUAGUAGAUGCUGUUGUUAGGCCACCUAGAUAGAUAUAUGAUCCAUCAAAAUUAGGUGCAACAACCGUACUAAUAAAUAAACUACUUAUUUACAGAGAGGAUUUUGUUGUUUAGUCAAGAUAAUAAAACUUAAAAUUACAAGGUUCUUUAUAUAGUCCUGUUUAUUUAAAAGGUAAAGCAAGUCCAUGCAUUAUUUAUUUGCAUGGUAAUUCAAGUUCCAGAUUGGAAUCUUCAUGUUAUGCUAAUAUGUUAGCCUAAGAAGGCAUGAGUUUAGUUAACUUUGAUUUUGGAGGGUGUGGGAUAUCAGAUGGAUAAUACGUUUCCCUUGGAUGGUACGAAAAAGAGGACUUUUUAAAUAUUCUAAAUUAUAUCAAAACUAAGUAUUAAAUUUCUACUAAAAGAUACCCAUAAUUAGGACCAUUUGGAGUUUGGGGUAGAAGUAUGGGAGCAGUAACAGCUAUCAUGGCUGCAGCUGAAAAUCCUGAGUUAAGCACUCUAGUGUUAGAUUCUCCAUUUAGUAAUCUAAAGCAACUUUGCAUUGAUAUUGGCGAUAGUUUUCAUGUUCCAACAAUUGGUGUUAGAUUUGUCUUUUAUUUAUUGAGAAAAAAGGUAAGGAAAAUAGUUAGAUAUGAUCCAAAACAUAUUAAUACUAUACAGUAUAUUAAAAAGUUAUCUACCAAAUGUUCUGCUUAUUUUGUUAGAGCGAGCAGUGACAAAAUGAUUGGAAAAAAUCACGUUGAAAACUUGUAUGAUGCUUUCAAGGGAGAAAAAUAUAUAUUUACUUUUCUAGGUGAUCAUAAUGCUCCAAGACCUACAGAAGCGUAUUAAGGGAUUAUUAGGUUUUUUGCAACUAGAUUAAUUAAAAGUACUGAGAUUUAAAAAAUGAGUUUAUCUAGAAAAAGUUCUGGAAAAUCACACAAAAUAGAAAAAGGGUACAAAUCCCAAAGAUCCUAUGAGUCUGAUGUGAACUAUGACGAAUCUGAUGAUGAAAAUGCUAAGAAAUUAAAUAAUGAACAAUACAUAACAGAAAUGAAAAAACCACAAUUAUUAAACGUCUUUUUAUCUGAUUCUGACAUUGAUAGUUAACAUUCACUUGAUGAGGACUUGAAAGAUCAUGACCUUCCACAAUUUUAAGAUAUUAAAACUAAAUUAAGUUGA